GGGCAACUGCUUUCGAAGCAAGCAUAUGCUGAGCCACCCAUUGUGCCGACAGGUCUCGCUUUGUCUAUUGUCAUUGCCAUCUUGAUCUUCUCGGUCCUAUCCACAGUUGUGAUUUCUUUGAGGAUCUAUGUCCGAGCAUGGAUGGAAAAGACAUCCAAAACGUGGGGAUGGGAAGACACAUUUAUUGUCCUAGGCUAUGGAACCUUUCUGUCGAGUGCGAUAUUCGCCAUCAAGGCAUGCUUCUAUGGACUGGGCUCGCACGACUCCAAACUGAAUCCCUUACUUAUGAUUCGAUGCGCCGAGUAUAUGAUGUACUCUAACGUCAUAUACGGCUUCUCCAUGCCUUUCAUCAAAGCCUCAAUAGUGUUUACGCUUAACCGUAUAACCACUACGCAAUGGCAUCGUUGGGGACUCUACGGAAUGCUCUUCAUGGCCACCAUCAUGGCCAUUGUCGGCAUACUAGCGACCCUUCUCUACUGCCAUCCGCUCCCAGCAUAUUGGAAUCCUCUUCUCGGUACCUGUGGCGAUUUCAUGGUGGUUGUCCGUAUCGGCUACGCCUGGACUGCCAUUGGAAUCGUGACUGAUUGGACAUGUGCGAUUCUUCCGUACUUUAUUGUGCGCAAUCUGCAGAUGUCGUCUCGGCACAAGUUGAUUGUGAUGCUCAUUUUGGGCCUCGGAGCUGUGGCCAGCACGGCCACCAUUAUUCGAGCGCCGUAUCUUAAGUACUACCUCGUUACAGAGGAUCGACUGUACUGGAACGGUUACAUCACUCUUUGGUGUCUACUUGAGAGUGGCAUCGCGCUCAUCGCUGCCUGCCUCCCAGCGCUUCGCAUCUUGGUUCGCAAGUAUGUCGAUUCUUCUAAAAACGGCUCUUCUAGCAAGAGCAACGGUUAUGGUACCGGAUCUGGGGUUGUCAAGACUCAUAACCACGCCCCGUCCACAAAGCUGGACACACUUACUCCCAGUGGAAAGGCGACGGCUGUUGGUGGCAAAUGGGAGCGACUAGAGGAUGAAUACUCUAGCUCUAGGAAUAUUAUUCAGGAGACAACCAUAUACGUUGAGACGGACAAC